CCCAGUGCUGUGGUCGACAGAAUAGAAACCGGGCCUCGCUUUAUUAUGGUCGGAGAAAAAAAUAGAAUAAAAAAAUAAAAUCCGCGGAGUCUGACUGACGAAUCGCGAACACUGAUCCACGGCGUUCCCUGGAUCCUGCUUUUCGGUGCUUGCGCCACGAGGGGGAGUCACUGGCGACAGGCGUGGUCGGGGGCUGGUCGAACUCGACAAUGAAAUACAUCCGAGUCUCUCGUUUUGGAUUGAGCUGAGGCCGUGGGUGUCCACGUAGGGACCAAGGGCUAGCGACCGAGUGACAAAGGAUCUGGAGUUUUGGACCGCCGGGCACUGCGUCCACCCGCGGAAGCCGCGCCAGAGGAUGCGCUGAGCCUUCUUGUUAGUCAGCCACUGCCAGAGUCAACAUGAGCAAAUCCCCCACUCCCAAAGGCACUCCGGUGCAACGCAGCCCCAGCGAUGGCUUCCCUGAGGGGAUGCCCUCGCCCCAGCAUUCCACACCGGGAUCCGGACCAAAUAAGAAGCGCAUUUCCACCCUGCUUCAAAGUCCGUCGUUCAAAGAAGAGCUGGAUGUGCUGAUCCAGGAACAGAUGAAAAAAGGCGGCAGCUCCUCCAACCUGUGGGCUCUGAAACAACUGGCCGACUUCAUGGCCACUCACGGGUCUCCUGCAGCGCUGCCUGUGUCUCCAUCCAACAUGAUGAUGGUAACGGCCAUCAACGACCUUCACGGCUGGGAGCCUGGCUCCAUGGUGAAGGGCGAGAGACUGAUGCGCUGCAAGCUGGCCAGUGUCCACCGGCUGUUUGACCUCUUCGGCUGGGCCCAGAUGAGCCACAGCUGCCUCACGCUGCGUGUGAGCAAAGAACAGGAACAUUUCCUGGUUCUGCCGGACGGGCUCUCCUACAGCGAGGUCUCCGGGUCCAACCUGGUGAAGGUGAACAUACUGGGUGAAGUGGUCGAGAAGGGGAGCACCAACCUGCGUGUGGACACAGAAAAGUUCAGCCUCCAUUCAGCCAUCUAUUCAGCUCGACCUGAUGUCCGCUGCCUGUUCCAUCUCCACACGCCGGCCACGGCUGCGGUAUCAUCAAUGAAAUGUGGCCUCCUGCCACUCUCCCAUGAGGCUUUGCUGGUGGGCGACCAGGCUUAUUACGACUACAAUGGUGUGAUGGAGGAGGAAGAGGACAGAGUGGAGCUGCAGAAGAAACUGGGGCCCACCUGCAAGGUGCUGGUGCUGAGGAACCAUGGCAUCGUUGCUCUGGGCGAGUCGGUGGAGGAAGCCUUCUACACCAUCUACCACAUCCAGACCGCCUGUGAGAUACAGGUAUCAGCUUUGUCCUGCGCUGGUGGGCAGCAAAACCUCAUUCUACUGGACAGAACCACCCACAAACCCGCUCCUGCCGGCACCGUUGGCUGGGCCGGAUCCACCUUCGGUCCUCUGACCAAAAGCCGUGUUGGGGAGCAUGAGUUUGAAGCUCUAAUGAGAACUCUGGAUAAUCUGGGUUACCGUACGGGCUACGCCUACCGCUUCCCCGUCCUGACGGAGCGUUCCCGGCUGCGGCGGGACGUGGAGGUUCCCGCGACCGUCACGGCCUUCCAUCAGUUUGAUGAGGACGGAGUCCAGCUGGCCAUGAAGCAGCACCCGUUCGCGCAGCGGCAGCAGGAGAGAACCCGGUGGCUCAACACUCCCAACACCUACCAAAAGGUCAACCAGGAGCAGGCCAGCCCCGGACACCAGCGCACCAUGUGGUUGAAGACCGAGGAGGUGACACAAGCUGGAAGUACGUCCAUCAAGAUCGAGAACCCGAACCAGUUUGUGCCUCUUUUUACGAAUCCACGAGAGGUGAUCGAGACACGAAACAAGAUCCGACAGCAGAAUCGCCAGGACAUGAAGACGGCAGGACCUCAAUCCCAAGUCCUCGCCAGCGUCAUAACGGACAACAGUCCUCCGUCCCCAGUGAACCCACCACAAAUCCCACCCGAACCAGAACCUCCAAACCCCUUUAAUCAGCUCACCGACCAAGAGCUGGAGGAGUAUCGCAAGGAAGUGCAGAAGAAACAGGACGGCGGAACCAACGGGGAGGAGGUGGUAAAUGAGGAGGAGUCCCCUGCUACCUCUCCCAUUAAGGGCCCCCCGUCCAGCCAACCUGUCUCAGGUGAUGAAAGGACAGACUCCCCGAUCAUACAGAACGGCGGCGAAGAGGAAAAGCAGACGACGGAGGAACUGGAGAAAGGGAUGAAGGCUCUCACCACAAAUGACACUUCCCCGGCUCCUGCUUCUCCACUGCCCAAGCUGCAGGGCGGAACACCUGACGGCUCGCCCUCCAAGUCCCCGUCAAAGAAGAAAAAGAAGUUCAAACCACCGUCCUUCCUGAAGAAGAGCAAAAAGCAGAAGGAGAAAGUAGAGACUUGAGUACAUUAGCGGUGACCUCGGCAAAAUACUACUGUGAAAUGCUCCUCCGUGUACGACGCAUUCAAGCACUGACAGCAAUUUCCACGUAUUAUUUGACCCAGGUCGGAUACUGAAACCCCACCACCACGUUUCACAAAACUCACUUAUUUUUUAAAGCAUUCCUUUCAUCCACUUAUUUAUUAAAAUGCUCCUCUCAGUUCAUGCUGCAUUCGUUUUUUUACUUGUCGAUCAAUUAUGCACAUCCAUGUAUAAGCACUUGACAUGUGUACAUUAACAUUCUGGGUUCGUUCGUCAUUAUGAGCGCCGUCUAGUCAUGAGUGGGUGUAGACUAUCAGAUCGAUGUUUCAGGUACGCUUGGCGAGCACGGCUGCAGUACGUGUAGAAAUGUCGCUCCUGUGUCUGCUGGCUUUGUGUGGAACAGUGAGUCGUAACUAAAGCAGACCCGAGAGGUAGGGAAGCAAUGAACAUGCGCUGGCUUGCAACCUAACACUGGCAAAAUGUCACUCGCAAAAACAUGUUAAAAAUGAUGUAAAGCACUCGAUCUUGUUGCUUGUUGAUGCAGUGUGAAACAUGGGAACAGAAAACCCCUGAGGUACUAAACAUUCCACUGAACCAUUUACUUAGUUUACAUGUAUGUGUACAAAAUACCUCCAGUCUUUUCUGUUUUGGUCGGUCGCUGAGAAGCCAGUGUGUCAUGUUUGCUCAUGAUCUUUAUUUUAUAUUAGAAUGUACAAGUGAUAUUUCAAGGUCGCCAUGUAUCCGUCAUUAAAGAAAAGCAUAA